AUCCGCGCUCGUUCUCUUUAAACUUGUCUGAGGUUUUUAGUUGUCCACAUUUAAAUGUACUCGAAGCCAAAAUGAAGAACUCUGAUGAGUCUCCUGGGAGAGGAACCGACGAAGAGAAGAAUAUUCUGGAGCAGGAAAAUCAAUCGGAGACGACUCAUAAUACCACACUACUUUUGAAUCCAUGGAAACCCUGCAGAGGGUCUCGAAGAGUCAUCAGAGACUGUCUUUUGAAGCUGAGGCGUUGUUUGGAAUCAGUGUGUGGGAUGAAGUGGUACGGCUACGCUACUCUGGGUGUUUUGACAGCCGUCCUGAGCUUCAUCGCGGACUUCAUCGUGGCAAAGCUGCUGAGAGCUCACCAGUGGCUUUAUUUGAACCUGGAGGGCAACAUCCUGCUGCAGUUCCUCUGCUGGACUCUCUACCCAGCAUCCCUCUGUGGUUUCACAGCAUCUUUCACCUACAGCAUCUGCCCUUUCUCCACAGGCUCUGGGAUACCCGAAGUGAGGACCAUGCUGGCCGGUAUCGAAAUGCCUCAAUACUUGUCUCUCACCAACAUGUUUGCAAAGUUUCUGGGCGUUAUCUGCACGAUGGCUGCCGGCACCACAGUUUUCAUGGGCAAAGUGGGACCGUUUGUGCAUCUUUCUAUGAUGUUAGGGGUCUACUUCAACGACCUCUGCAAUCCUGUACAAGGCAGUAAGAAGGAGAAAGCAGGCACAGAAAUGUCAGUCGUAGCUGCAGCGGUUGGAGUCGCCAGCUGCUUCGGAGCUCCAGUCAGCGGUGUGCUCUUCAGUGUGGAGGUAAUGUGUUCSCACUUCGCCCUGAGGCAUUACUGCCCAUGUUUCUUCUCAGCUGCAUGUGGGGCGCUGACCUUCCACCUGCUCUCCAUGUGGAGCCAAGAUGGAGAGACUCUUCAGGCGUUGUUCAAAACUAAUUUCCCCACCGCUUUACCUUUCUAUCCACUAGAGAUUCUGCUGUUUGUGUUUCUGGGGCUGCUGUGUGGUGCUCUGAGCUGCUGCUACCUCUUCUGUCAUCGCUGGAUCCUGAAGUUCUCCAAAAGGAACAAGUUCAUGUUAAAGAUGCUGAAGACAGAGAGGGGUGUGUACUCUUGUCUGGUGGUCUUCUUUCUGGCCUCGUUGACGUUUCCUCACUCUGCUGGUCAAUACAUGGCUUCUAAGUACACCACGAAGCAGCUCCUCACUUCCCUUCUGGACAGCAGGCAGUGGAGCGCUCAAUCCCACAAUGCAUCUGUGCAGCUGGAGCCAUUGUGGGAGUGGAACACAUCAGGCUCUCCCUUUUUCCUGCCGUUGGCUGUCUUUCUGUUCAUGCGGUCGUGGAUGAUGGUCCUCGCCUGCACUCUGCCUCUGCCAGCCGGAUACUUCAUGGCCAUGUUUGUCUGCGGAGCAGCUUUGGGCCGUUUGCUUGGYGAAGGAGUGGCCUUUGCUUCCUCCAGUGGAGGGAUUUUAGGACAGUACUUGGGAUCAGUAAAUCCUGGGGGCUAUGCACUCGCUGGAGCUGCUGCCCUUUCUGGUGCCGUGACUCACACUCUGUCCCCGGUUCUGCUGGCUGUGGAGUUAACGGGUCAGUUCAGCCACGCUGUCCCCAUCCUUCUGUCCGCGCUGCUGGCCAACGGCCUGGCCCGAUCUGGACACAACCCUUCCCUCUACGACACCCUGUCCAUCAGCAAGAGGCUCCCGUACCUGCCCUCACUGAAGAAGGCAUGUCCUGAACUUCCCUCCACUCCACUCGGGCAGGUUUUGGGAGAGAAAUCAGUGCAGCUUCAGAAAGCAGCUGGACCAGCAGAGGUUCUGUGUGCUGUCAAACACAGCACUGAAGCACAAAUCCCUGUGGUGGACUCGCACGAGUCGCAGAUUUUACUGGGUUUCRUUCUGCGAUCGGAGCUGCAGACGUUCUUGCACCGCUGUAAGACUCAGAAACUGGAGGGACGUCUGAAUGAGGUCUGCUCCAUUCACCCAACAUCAGUCCUGCUGUCGCCUCACAACACAGUCGAGGAGGCCUACAGCAUCCUGAGUGCAGCUGAAGCUAAAACUGUGUUUGUGGCAGACAAAGGACGGCUGGUUGGACACAUCACAUGGUCAGAGAUGAAGCGAAUAUUGGAGAAUUUGGCUGCAGAAAUCUAAGCCGCAUCAAAAAUGGGAUCAGCACUUCCAUAUUUUAAUCCAACGUGAAUACAGCCCCAUCUGAUUAACAUGCAACAAAGCCAGUGUCUAAUAUGAACGUCACUUCUUCAUYCCCCGAGUGUGACGAUGUUUGCACGUGAACAAAACUGUAAUUAACUGCUGGCUCAGCCGAUAAACAUCCAUURCAGCUUAUUGCUCUGCCUUUAAUUGUAAUUAGCUGCAUCUCGUCCACUGAAUAUCUCACUUACUGAUCUGUCAUUUUUUGACAAAGUAAUAAUAAAAACAUGUCUAUCAUAAUAAUGUUCAGUGGGCAGGGACAUUUCAAACAGUGGUUCAUAGUGACUUUUUUUCUCAAAGUCAGGCCUUGGAGGGUCAUGACUUUGAGACGUCUAAGAUCUGAGAUCGAGACAAAAAUAAAAAUGAAGCUGACAGUUUUCUUUUACUCUAAAUCUUUAAAAGCCRUUUUAUGAAGUGCAAUAAUGUUUGGAUUUUGCUGCUCUUGARUUGUUUUCUUCACAGAGAAACGUUUGUGUGCUUAAAGCGUCCAUGCUCUAAUUAUUCUGGAGUUUUGAGCAAUUGUAUAAWAAUGACUGYACMAACAGCUCUAUUUGUCUUCUGCAURUUUAWGUCUWUUUGAUUUUUAUCUUGUAUUGURGAAUAAUAGAGGCAUAAAUAACGUCUGCCUGUACUGAAAACAAGCAUCCUUAUUUCUUUUUUUUUUCUGCUCAUCAUCAUUAUUGUUUUUUUUUCUUAGAAACUUUCUGGGAGCUUCUAAACAGUUUUGUCCACUUAUAAUUUAUUGGACCCAGUUUGUGUGCAAAAGCAGAUUUAGAAACUAUAAACAGAGUUUAUUUUUAUAUUUAUAUAUCCUUUAUAACUGAGUAUUUAACUUUUUUUGCAUGAAUUACCAGAUGAACUUAUUGUAACAAUAAAAUUAUUGGAACCUUUUG